GCAGUGGGUGCCGAUCAAGGGGACAGUGCCACUAUUUGUCACUCUUCUGCCUCUUUGGAGCGGGUGGGCAAUUGGGAGAUCCCAAAGGGUGCUGCAGAAUCUUGAGCCCCUGUGGAGGCAAGGACCAACAUGCCCCAGGUCGCCCUUUAAGUGCCAUCAGUGGACAGGUGACAAGAAAGAAACUCUACCAGCCAUGCUGACCACUGUGCUGAAACGAAAUCGCCUACGGAUAGCGAGAGCCAAGUGCUGCGAAUGUGGAGCUUUGCUUUCCCAUCAGUACUACGAGAAGGAUGGUCGUCUCUACUGCAAAAAGGAUUACUGGGCCCACUUUGGGGAACUGUGCCAUGGCUGCUCGGAGCAGAUCACCAAAGGGCUUGUCAUGGUGGCUGGGGAACAAAAAUAUCACCCUGAAUGCUUCAGCUGCCUGAAUUGCCAGGUGUUCAUUGGCGAUGGAGACACUUACGCACUGGUGGAACGCUCCAAGCUUUACUGUGGGCACUGUUAUUACCAGAUGGUGGUUACACCCGUGAUGGAUCAGCUGCUUCCAGAAUCUCCUGGCACCCGGAUUCCACACACUGUCACCCUGGUGUCUAUUCCCGCAUGUUCCGAAAGCAAGCGAGGGCUUUCCAUCUCCAUUGACAAGCAUGGAGGUUCUGAGCACCCACAUACUGUGCGCGUUCGUGAAUUAGACCCAGGCUGCAUAAGCCCUGAUAUGAAGAAUUCCAUCCAUGUUGGUGACCGCAUUCUGGAAAUCAAUGGCACACCAAUCCAUCACGUCCCGCUGGAUGAGAUCGAUCUUCUGAUCCAAGAGACCAGUCGCCUACUGCAGCUGACCAUUGAACACGAUCCACAUGAGAUCAUUGAAAGCAGCCCUCUUUCAGAACUGCGCAGUCCCCUCCAUUCGCCCAGCCACACACCUUGCCCAGACCCUUCAGCCAUUCGCCAGCGCACUGUCAUGAGGAGCUGUAGCAUUGACAAGUCACCUUGUUCCAGCUCUCUGGGCUCCCCCUCCUCCCAGAGGAAAGAUAUUGGUCGCUCAGAAUCACUGCGUGUUGUCUCCCGUCUUCAUCGCAUCUUCCGCCCCUCGGAUCUCAUCCAUGGCGAAGUGUUGGGCAAGGGCUGCUUCGGGCAGGCCAUUAAGGUGACCCACCGGGAGACUGGAGAAGUGAUGGCCAUGAAGGAACUUAUCCGUUUUGAUGAGGAGACCCAAAGAACGUUCCUUAAAGAGGUGAAAGUAAUGCGCUGCCUGGAACACCCCAAUGUGCUAAGGUUCAUUGGGGUCCUCUAUAAAGACAAGAGGCUGAACUUCAUCACAGAGUACAUCAAAGGAGGCACCCUUCGUGGGAUCAUUAAGACCAUGGACAGUCAGUAUCCUUGGAGCGAGCGGGUCAGUUUUGCAAAAGACAUCGCUUCAGGGAUGGCUUACCUCCAUUCUAUGAAUAUCAUUCACAGGGACCUCAAUACACAUAACUGCCUUGUGCGAGAAAACAAAAGUGUGGUAGUGGCUGAUUUUGGCCUUGCUCGGUUGAUGGUGGACGAGAAGAACCAGCUAGCAAACCUGAAGAAACCUGACCGAAGGAAAAGGUACACCGUGGUGGGCAACCCUUACUGGAUGGCUCCUGAGAUGAUCAAUGGGAGAAGUUAUGAUGAGAAAGUAGACGUCUUCUCUUUUGGCAUCAUCCUUUGUGAGAUCAUUGGAAGAGUCAGCGCUGACCCUGAUUACCUGCCUCGAACCUUGGAUUUUGGCCUCAAUGUGCGAGGCUUCCUGGACCGCUACUGUCCUCCCAAUUGUCCUCCCAGCUUCUUUCCUAUCGCUGUGUGUUGCUGUGAUUUGGAUCAUGAGAAACGGCCUUCCUUCAGUCGGUUGGAGCAGUGGCUGGAAGCUCUCCGCAUGCACCUGGCUAUGCAACUUCCCCUGAGUCCACAGCUGGAGCAAUUGGACCGGGCCUUCUGGGAGACACACCGGCGAGCUGAGAGUGGACUGUGCGCACAUGCGGAAGUGUCUGAAUGAGUACAGCAGGGGCAGGCAAGCAGCCCCAAAGCCUGCAUGUCUCUGUAUGAGCUGGGCUGAAGAAAAGCUUCUCUUGCUGAGUCCUGCCACCAGCUGCGCACAGCUCACCAGCUAGAGCUGUUUUUUUUUGGGGGGGGGGAAACCACUGGGAGCUGGUUCUCCCUGCUUCCCUCCUUGCGGGGGAUGGGUUCUGUGCCUGGCUUGCACAGAGAUGGUCUGUGGCAGCCCGGGUUCUUGUAAAUACUCCUUGUGAAUACAGCCUUCUCCUUGCGCAUCCCGCAAAGGGCGAGAGAAGCGAGGGAUCCUUGACACUCUCCUUGUACGCUAUGUGGUUGCGAAAAGCUUUGCACGCCCUGCUGAGCACAUAAGCUUCUGUCAUCAGCUGGCAGCUGCUCACAAGCUGGCAUUAAGGUGGGGGCUGCUACCCUACCCCCCCACACCCUCAAAUAUACCCCUAUGGAUCCUCUUCAAAACUUUUGUCCUAUAAAGUGGUGCCUUGGGUUUAUAUGUGAACUUGCAUACUUGGAUUCUUGAGUCCCACUUUGUCGUUCUGCAAACAGGCCACGGGGGUCUAUGCGUGUGCUUAGCAUGUGCUUAGCCUUUCCGUGGACGUUGCAAGGCCGAGGGAUCUAUGCAGAUGUUUGGUUUCUGUGCUCCCUGGAUCCAGUGUCUGACUACAUUCACACAACAUGUUUUGCCCAGUCAGCUGAAGAUUGCAGUUGCACAACAUACUGAGCUUAUUGCUUCUCUUAACUUUGGUUAGGCUUUUCUUUUUUUUUAAUCUAGCUUAGCAUGUUAUGCAAACCCAGCCUCUUUGAUUCAUUUGAAGUUGAUAUAUUGUGCAAAUACACACACACACAGCUCAAUCCGGUAACCAGGCGAAAUCUGUUAUGUGAAUGUAGCUCUGUCAAUGCCCCAUGUGUGCUGUGUGUAUGUUUCACUGUGUGCACACCUUAGCUUCUUCCUUCCUUCUCUUCCAACCAUGUUUGGCAGAAAUACAUAAAAUCCAAGGCUGCUAUUUUUUUGUGUGUGAGAAAAACUAUUUUCUAAGCAGGCAGUUUGCCGCAGAGAGAAGCUAUAAGUUAGAGCUGAAACCGUCUCCUCUUAUCCCUUCUCUGUUCUAAAUUACCACCCCGUUUAAACUGCUUGCCUAUUCUGGAGAUCCAAAUGCGUGUCAAGGUUUCGUUGCAAGAUUUAAUGUGUGUGUGCACAUGCAUACACCCAUGUGCUGUCAGGCCCUCGAAAAGGCAGUAUGGAUUUCUAGAAGGACAGAAAGAGGAGGAAACAACUAAGUCAGCCUUCUAAAGGGAGAUCUUUGUGCAUAGCUUGGAAAUCUAGCCAACUCUUUCCAGGUUCAGGAUAGAGCCAUGGGAUGUGCACUCCCAGCCUUCCUCAGACUAGCGCCAGGCAGAUUUGUUUUCACUACAACUCCCAGAACUCCUCAGGCAACGUGGCCUCCAGAACUGUGCGACUCCCAGAAUUCUUAGCCAGUGGUCUGGAGGCCAGGCGAACAAAGGAACUCUGGGAGUUGCAGUUCCAACCCAUCUGGAAAGUAUUAGAUUGGAGAAGGAGCUAAUCUAUGCAUCAGGGUCAGCAGUAAGAAUAAGCAAGCAUUAUUGGACUCUCAUCUGGAAAUGGGCAGCAGGUAUUUUCCAUCUGGGUGGUCAGCAUAGCAGAAAGGAGCCUUCUAAAUUCUACCUGGGGAGGCCAGCUAAAUUCAUCUUAUCCAAGGAUCCUCACAACGUAAGAGACAUAUUUUUGAUUUACCCUUGCGGGUUGUGGGGCUACAUGACUAAAUGUCCUCUUGUGCCAAAAAAAAUAAAAAUCACCCCUGCAUAUUAAAACCCUGUAUGUUAUAGGCAGGAGAACAGACCCUGCUUUUUCCUUAUCUCGCAAGCUUUUUGUGGACGCGAAGCAGCCACUCAGGUUGCUAUUUGGAAAAAAAGCACAUUCCUGAAUCAUUGCAACAGGAGAUUGGCUUGAUAGUCUUUAAAAGGGGGAAAUGGAGCUUUUUCUGUUCCUGAGAGUGCAUUUGUAAGAACCUGAACCACGAAAGACUUCCUGGGUUUUCAAUGCUAACAGUGUGAGUAGCUGGGGGUGGGUGGGAAUAGACCAUUUUCCCUGCCAUUCUAGCACCCAGGACAAACCUUGGUUGUUCAACCAAAGUACAAGAGUGUCAGGCAGGAAGACUUGAAGGAGUUUAGCCAUGCCAGCUGGGAAAUCCCUGGGGACAACCUACCUCUGAUUAUUAGUGUUGGUAAGAAAAGUCAGGUCUAAAUAUCAGUUUCUGGGCUUCUGGUUGUCAGGUUAGCUGCUGAGAGAGACAACAUGGAUCUUUUUAAACUCUUCCCAGUGGGCUCCUGUUCUUUUCAAGGGAACACACCAGCAUCUUUUUCAUUUUAAUUGAAGGCCCUGUUAUAGUUAUAGUUGGGAUUUUUUUUAGGAGGAGGGAAAUAUGGAGAAGAAAACAUUCCUUGCAAUCAAAAUGAAUUCCCUCUCUAGACUUGUGAUCCAGCUUUGUUAAAUCCUAUGUGCCAAACUUGCAUACAAACAUGUUGGCUUUUUUUUUAAAAAAAGGUAAUUCCUGGAUCUUCUUGCUCAGAAAUGGGGAAACUUGACAAUGGUGGUCUGAAAUUCUGCAAAUUCAGUAGAAGUAAAAGCAGUUCUCCUCAACCCAUGGUGCAUGUGUAACUAUGCAGCUUCUAAGCCCUGAAAUAUAUGGAAUUGGAAGCAGUUGUUACAGUAGGGUGGAGUGCAGAGGUGGGUUUCUGCCACUUCGGCCCGGAUCCGGUAAACCAGUAAUGGCAGUGGCGGGAUGCUUUGCCCACUUGCCCAGACACUUCUGCGCAUGCGCUGAAGUGUUGCGCGCUCACGCACGAUCGAACCAGUAGUAAAAAAAAAUAGAAACCCACCACUGGUGGAGUGCCCCUAGAUUAUUAUAUGAACCACGUUAUUAUAAAUCUAAAAUAAUUUGGAAAACAGGUUCUUGUAGUUCCAUAUUUCUUCUCUUCUCGCUUCCCUGUCACAAAUUGAAAGUAUGCAUAACUUUCACUGUAUGAUUUGAAGGAUUUGAGGAAAUGACACAAAACUCUGACCUGAGGUGAAAUUUCAAAUAUUUCUGAUUUUUAUCAACAAAGCCUGCCCAAUAUCAAUGUUCAUUCUUCAAAAAGUCAAGACUAAAUGAAGACUCCCUAUUUAAGAGUAGUGUAUCUCACCUCUGUGUACUAGAUUUGAAGAAAAAAAUGUUUUUAAAUUUUGAUUUCGCAUACCUUUGAAGGUUCCAGACUGAUACACCAUCAUUUUAUGAACAUCUGUUAGAUAUCAUAUUUCUGUGAAAGUGCAUUUCAUGUUUGAUGCAAAAGAUGACAGACCUUGCGUGUUUUAUGCGUGUCUCUGCUCCAUUGGCACUUUUAUGUACACCUAUAGAAACUGUUUUUCUUGAAGAAUUUUGACGGCCACUUGAAACUGUGCUCCAGAAUGUGGCUGUUGCAUUUAUACUAGUGUGGAGACCAUGAGACUCCGAGCCUGAUGUGGUCUCUCCAAAUAUGAGUGUAUGUAAGAGACACAGCAGAAGACCUGGUGGUUCUUUUCUCAUGCAGAAGACCUGGUGAGUCUACUACCAAGAAACGAGAGGCUGGAGGUCUGCAGUAGAGGGUGAAAAAGGAACCCAUUUCCCCCAGGCUCAAUAUGUCUCUUGGAGAAGAGGGUCCCUUUUUUUACCCGAUGGCCAAAAGCCAUUUAGAAGUUCUGAUGUCUAAAUUCAUGCCUGCAAUCUUGGUUUUAGACCAUGUUUGAUUGUCAUGAUCUUGUCAUACAGAAAACUCACUGGUUUCCUAUCCUGCUCCCCUUUUUAGGGAGUCUGGUUUCCAUCUUCCAUGUGUUUCCUAUGCUAUUCCCCUAAUUCUUUCACAUUCUCCAGGUGCUGUAGCCAACAUGUGAGCCAGUUUCCUGAGUCAGGCAGCUCUUCCACAUGACUCUGGCACAUUUGGGUUGAGUAGUUCCUCUUGUUCCUGCACUCAGGGUCAUUGCUCUGUAACAUAACUGAAGACAAAAGCUUGUAUUAUUUGUCCACUCAGUCAACCUUGGUGAAUUGGGGAGUUUAUCAUAUUAUCAGUCUGCCUCAGUUGUCUUUAGGAGAAGUGUUAAGGGAAGGAACAUGAAUUAGACAAAGACUGUGAAACAUUUAUACGCACUUUGAAAAUGAAAUGUGAUGCCCUCUCUGAUGACAACGAUCAGAAUUCACAAAACUGUGAUGUAAAAUUAAUUUACAUGGAAAUAAUAAAAGUCCUUCCACUCCCUUG